GCCCGGCGGCACCGCCCCGGGACGGGACGGGACGGGACGGGACGGGACGCGGGGCUUCUCCGCUGCCUUUGCCCGGGUCCCGGCGGGGGUUGCGUGACAGCGCCGGGCACUCCCCGCCGCCGCUUUAUAUAACCCGCCGCCCGCACCCGGUUAUAAAACGCCGCCGAGGCAGCGCCGCAGCCAGAGCCGCGUGUCCGCCGCCCGGAGCGCCGCGGCGGCCCGGAGUGGAUGGGAACUGCCCAAAACAACAGCAGCCCUAAAAAUCUUCAUGCAGUGGAGUUUGACCUGUGUAACAAGGACACAAUGGCAGACACAUUUGAUCACAGCAUCAUUUCUGUUGGAGAAGAGGAAGGAGCGGGCAAUUUCCAACGUUCUCUUCCAACACGGGAGUCCCUCCGAUCCCCUCGGGGCUCUGUUGUGAGUUUCCAUAACAUCCAGUACUCCGUUAAGCAGUCCAGUGGAUUCCUGUGUAGACGGAAGACUGUGGAAAAGAAGAUCCUUCAAAAUGUUUAGUAAGUUCCUAACUAAAAUACCGGAGGGUAGGAAUUCAUCUGCUGCUGUGAAUCAGAGACCUGAGUGUCACCUUCCAGAUCCAGCUGUACUGUUGUACAGAGAAAUGACAACCCUCCUGCCAGUCUGCCGUUCAUGUGAGCACUUGCUAAUUUGCCUUAGGCAUAAAAAUUGGGAUAUAACUGGAGCAGUUUCAGUUACUGAUCUAGGCAAAUUAGGACCAAACUUGUGCGAACUCUUCUGCCAGAAGAUCUGAGGGUUCCCUUAACUAUGGUCUGAGAUGUGCUGGGAGGAAAUAAGUAACAGAGGGCAAUUGUUUCUUCUUUUCCAGACCCAGCUCAGCUGUGGCAUUAUGAAGCCAGGCUUGAAUGCUAUCCUGGGGCCAACAGGGAGCGGUAAAUCUUCUCUGCUAGAUGUGCUGGCUGCCAGAAAGGACCCGGCAGGCCUGUCUGGAGAAGUGCUUAUAGAUGGCAUCCCACAGCCUCCAAAUUUCAAGUGCAUCUCAGGAUAUGUCGUGCAGGAUGAUGUUGUCAUGGGCACCAUGACAGUGAGGGAGAACCUGCACUUCUCUGCUGCCCUGCGACUCCCCAGCUCCAUCAGCUUUCAGGAGAAGGAAGAGCGAGUCACGCAGAUAAUCGGCGAGCUGGGAUUAAGCAAGGUGGCUGAUUCUAAGGUAGGAACUGAAUUGAUCCGGGGAGUGUCUGGAGGGGAGCGGAAGAGAACCAACAUUGGGAUGGAGCUCAUCACAGAGCCGCCAGUUCUUUUUCUGGACGAGCCAACGACCGGCCUUGAUGCCAGCACAGCCAAUGCUGUUCUCAUCCUCCUGAAGAAGCUCUCCAGAAGAGGCCGAACCAUCAUAUUUUCCAUCCAUCAGCCCCGCUAUUCCAUAUUCAAGCUGUUUGACAGCCUGACGUUACUAGCCUUGGGGAAGGUGCUGUACCAUGGUCCUGCAAACCAGGCCCUGGACUAUUUUAGUUCUAUUGGAUAUGAAUGUGAACCCUUUAACAACCCAGCUGACUUUUUCCUCGAUAUCAUAAAUGGUGAUUCAACUGCUGUGGCAGCAAACAAGGAAGUUCAUGAACCCGUGGACACAGGAAAAGAGGUGAACAGUGAAAAUGGAGCAGUGGAACAGAAUGCGGUCAGCAGCGUGGUGGAUGUGCUACACCAGAAGUACCUCAACUCCAGCCUGUACCAGAGCACAAAGGAAGCACUGGCAAAAGUGGAGCUGGGAUGGGGAAGCAAUCGUAAAGUAUGCAAGCAGGGGCAUGAGAUUACCUAUGCAAAUGGAUUCCUCACCCAGCUGUACUGGGUUUCCAAGCGUUCCCUGAAAAACCUCAUCAGGAACCCGCAGGCCUCUGUUGCACAGAUUGCAGUGACCGUAAUUCUAGCCUUGGUUGUGGGGGCCAUUUUUUUUGGUGUGAAACUGGAUCAAAGCGGCAUUCAGAAUCGGGUUGGAUCCUUGUUUUUUGUCACCACAAACCAAUGCUUUUCCAGUGUCUCUGCAAUUGAGCUGUUCAUCAGAGAUAAGAAACUAUUUGUUCAUCAGUACACCAGUGGAUAUUACCGUGUGUCUGCCUACUUCCUGGCCUUGAUGAUAGGAGAUCUACUGCCCAUGAGAACUGCUCCAGCCAUCAUAUUCUCAUGCAUCACUUACUGGAUGAUUGGAUACCAAGCUGUUGCAGGCCGAUUCUUCUUCUUCAUGCUGGCCCUGAUACUGGUGUCCUACACUGCCACAGCCAUGUCUCUGGCUAUCAGUGCUGGGAUGGAAGUGGUGGCUGUGGCGAAUCUGCUCAUCACCAUUUGUUUUGUCCUGAUGCUUAUCUUUUCAGGCCUUCUAGUAAACCUCCCUUCUGUAAUGGGCUGGCUGAACUGGCUCAAGUACUUCAGCAUCCCUCGAUAUGGCCUCACAGCUCUUCAAGUGAAUGAGUUUAGGGAUCUCUACUUCUGUGGUGAGAAGAAACCAAAUGUUACAGUGUCUGUGGGAGAUGCAGGUAGUUGUCCUCCAGUUACUUCAGGAGAAAUGUGUUCUGGUGAAGCAUACCUGUGCAGCCAAGGAAUUGCACCUACCGACUGGGCAAUGUGGGAAAACAUAGUAGCUCUCUUCUGCAUGACUGUUAUCUUCCUCAUCAUUGCCUAUGCCAAACUACGGUUUAUGAGAAAGUUCACAUAGAUUCCUGCAUUGCCUUGCUCAGCAACUUCUCAGGUCUUAAAACGGCAAAGCUUGUUAAAGCCUGCUGGAGGUUGCCAAAGAUUUCAACUGACUUUACUGGACUUAAGAUGGAAAUCCUGUCCUACUGUUUCUGGACCAUGAUCUCCAUAUGAUUGUAUGAUUUUGUUUUUUAAGAGGAAAUGUAUUACUGUAAGAUUGCAUAAGGGAUCUUUUUCCUUUUUUUUUUUUUUUUUUUUUUUUUUGUAAGGGAAUAUAUUUCUCAUAAUUCUUAGGUGCUUAUCAAACUGUUUAUUAUAGAGCGUCAUUCUUCCAUGGUUAAAUUGCACAGAAAAUAUACACACGGAAACAUUUUCCUUUGAAAGUGUGAGCUUCUCUACCACAUGGCAUAAAGUAAUGAUGACAUUUAUGCAUUGAUAUAUUGCCCCUUGUUAGUGUCCGUCACACCUGAGGAGAUCCAGAAACCAUUCACAAUGAGUUGGACAUGCAUUCAAGGUUGAAGCCUAUACAGUGAAUGAGCUCUCAGUGCCAGGCAAGAGUUAUACUUCUGGUAGCUCCUCUGUGGAAUAUACUUGCAGAAGCAGCGUUUGCUGAUGGCAUCUAAACAGUGGCAUAAGCCAUAGAACCUAAGAGUGAGAAAUAUGAUAACAGUUGUACUAUAAAAAUGAAUUCUAUAUUACUUAAGAAGGGAUUUUGUUCCCCUUUUUUAAGAAGUGAAUAAAAACCUGUAUGUAUGGUAAACCUUUUUAGCAGGCUUCCUGUUUAGCUGUGCCAACUCUAUAUAGAGAU